AUGGCUAGCGACGAAACUAAGAACCCCAUCAUCUUUGCUCCAGAGACGUAUCAGUACAACAAGGACUCUUUGAACGAGAGCGAGUUGGCACAAGACCCCAUUGUCGAGUUCACCAAAUGGUUCGCGGACGCUAAAAAUGACCCCACCGAAAUGAUUCCCGAGGCCGUGAACUUCUCCUCAGCAGAACUUCCCAGCGGAAGAGUAUCUUCCAGAAUCUUGUUAUUCAAAGAACUGGACGAGCGCGGGUUCACCAUUUAUUCCAAUUGGGAGACUUCGAGAAAGGCGCAGGACAUUCGAAGCAACCCACAAGCUGCCCUCACCUUUUUCUGGAGAAAUCUGCAAAGGCAAGUUAGAGUUGAGGGUAUUGUUGAGAAGGUUAGUAGAGAGACAUCGGAGCGGUACUUCAACACGAGACCCCGUGGCUCUAAGGUUGGUGCGUGGUCCUCGCCUCAGUCUGCUCCACUCAAAGAUCGCGCUGAGCUCCAAAAGCUUGUGGAUGAUAACGAAGCCAGAUUUGAGGGUGUGGAGGAGGUUCCAUGCCCCGACUUCUGGGGCGGUGUGAGAAUCGUGCCUCUUAUGAUCGAGUUCUGGCAGGGCAGACCAAGCCGUCUGCACGACAGAAUCGUGUUCAAGAGAGAAUCUGAAAAGGACCCUUGGCAAAUGUUGAGAAUAGCGCCUUAA